AUGUCUAACUCACCAAGAGAAUUACCAGGGUUCUAUUAUGAUACUGAAAGAGGGAAAUACUUCCCAUUAACUCAGCAGAGGCAGAACCAGUUUAAGAAACAAAAACUCGACUCCCAAUUACAGAAUCAAAAUAUAAACUAUUGGAAUGAAUGCUUUCGUGAAUAUUGUAAGUUUGUGGAAGGCCCAAGAAUUGAAAACAUUCCUUUUACAGAUGGGGACUUAUUUGUGAUUUACAAUAUAAUGACUCUUAAGAAGAGGGGUGCUGAUUUGUUCAACGAAUUGCUAAUCAGACCUAUAGAUCUUACCUUAGGUAGUUACCAAAACAAACUCCUACAUUCUUUUUCUUUCAAUGGUGGUAACCUCUACUGGAAUAUCUUAUCAGAUGGACGAAUUUUGGAAUACGAAAAGGAUAAUUAUCAUGGCCGAUGGGAUACCAAAACCUCUGAACACAACAUAACAGAAAUUGAUAAUUUUGACUUUAAUCCAAGAUUUGAGGAAUUCACUAUUGUAAAUAUAAAGAGAGCUCAAAAUAGCAGAUUUAUUCAUUAUAAGAUUAAGCAAAAGAGAACCAUUUCUGCUACCAACAGUUUACUUUCACCAUCGACACAGCACCUAUUUCAUAAAAUUUUUACUUCUAGGAAUCCCAAUGAGAAUGGAAAUCCAGAUUUAAAAUGUUUUACAAAGCUAGACGAGAGAGACUUUGAUAACAUUAACGACACAAUAGCAACUAGUUAUGGUCCCCUAUUGGCGGUGAAGAGGAAGAUUUUUUUACUCAAUUGGACUGAUACGAAUAUUCAGACAACACUUAAAUUUACUACACAGUCGGAUAUAACUACUCUAGGUAGUCAGGAAGAAAAUGAUUCAUGUUGUUAUGUAUUUUGUGGUACAAGAAAUGGUUAUAUUUAUAAAUUACUCCUUUCGAAGAAAUUAAGUGUUGAGAUACCUAGAGUACGAAUCAUGAAGUGUUAUAAAAAUAUUUGUAAAGUUUCAUCAAUCGUAUCCAUUACCGUCCUCUCUGGUUAUCGAAUAUUAGUAUCCGGUUUUACUCAAGAUGUCCAAUCCCAAUAUCUCUUUAUCAUUGAUUUACUAGAAAUGGAUUCAAACGACGAAUACACGACCGCCACACCUACAAUUCUGGUAACUAAAUUUAAAAAUGCAACUAAAGAGACGGAAUUAUUAUCCAUUUCAGAUGAUGAACAAUAUAUUUGUUACGGUAAACAGAAUGAUUUUGAAAUAUUCUCCUUGAGACACAGAAGUUACGAGCAGAAUGGAAACUAUACUUGCUACCCUUAUGCCUCUUCAUUUGACUUCUUGAAAAACUGUUCUCCCAAUUGGUUGACGGGGUUCAGACUCUCCAAUGUUUCGUUUUCUAACAACGUAUCAACCUGUGAGAAUCACGCAUCAAAUUACUUCAAAAGAUCUACAUUUACGAGUACUGAUCAAACUUCAAAAAUUGAUAGCAAAAGUUCCUCUAGAGAUGGAGGCUCAUUAAUAAUAUUGAUGUCGUUUCAAUCUUCAGCCAAGAACAAUCCUGAUUCUUCUUUACCAACAAAUAAACUAUUAAGUGCCUACAUAUUCUAA